AUGCCUCGCCCCAAGGUCCGUCCCGAGGAUCGACAGCGGUCUGCCAAAGCAUGUUUGCCCUGUAAGGCGUCCAAGAAACGCUGCGACGCUCAGCAACCAUGCUCCAACUGUGUCAGGCGAAGGACACCCUCGUCCUGUCGCUAUGUGGAAUCGAGUCAUGCCAGGCACCAAGUGCAGACUCCAUAUCGUCGGCCACAAGUGUUCAGGACACCCGGGGAUGAGUCCAACCAGUUUGCGACAAGAACAGACCAUGGCAAUUCAGCGGACAGAGAGGGGUCAACACAAAUCCUGGGUCCCGUCAACCCAGCGCCGCACGACGUGUCGGCAUCAACUGGUCGGAAGCUCACGGGGGGCCGUAUGCUGCUGAAUUCGAAGGGAGAGAAAGUCUACAUUGGCGGAUUCGCCUCGCUAUCAUUUUUGCAGUUUCUUCGCCAGACCAUCAGGCAGCAAAUGGGGCCUUCGCUGUUCACCGAAAACACCCGUCGCCAUGUCAUGCUCGAGGCCCCUGAUCCCGAAGACACAAGUAACAACUUUGUCGAGGACGAAGACCAGAAACGAGCCAUGAUCGACGUCUACUUUGCUGCUACAAACGGAAUCCUGGACCCGUUUCCCCGAGGAGAAGUCGAAGCAUAUUCGGCAACAGUAGACGCCCCCAACGUCGAGAAGCGCGAGUAUAUGGCCGCUGCACUCGACCUUAUCAUUGCGAUUGGAGCGCAAUGCCGAGCAGCAGACCAGUACGAUCGCCAAUAUGCCGUGAGACUCUUUUCCCGAGCACAGAAGACUGCUCUCGCCGGCGGACUCGAGGACCCCUGCCUCGACAUGGUUCGCUGUUUCCUGCUGAUGACCUUCUAUAUGCUGGGAGCCUGUCGAAGAAAUGCCGCGUUCAUGUACAUGGGAAUUGCCAGUCAGGCUGCUUCUGCCCUUGGCCUCCAUGUCACUGAACAAUAUCGGCACUUCAGUGCUUCAGACCAGAGCGUGCGACUUCGCACGCUGAAAAGCCUUCGAGUCCUCGAUGUGAUGUACUGCUCAAUCCUUGGGAGACCUUAUUCAACUGGAGCAAUCAGAACCGACCACAUCACACUGAACAGUGCAGACAUCUACACAAGCAGUCCUCGCGAACUCACAUUGAACGCAAGCUUCCGGGUCUGUACGAUCAUCGCAGAUAUCACACGAAGCCUUGACAGUGACGGUUCUAUUGGUCUCAGCACCGCCGAAGCAUUCCUCAAACUGCUUCAAGAGUGGAGCCUGAGCCUCCCAGAUGACAUGCGACAAUUCAAGAAACCGGUCGACCAGCCUUUGACGCUGCCAGAGCGGGAACAUAUGAUUGGAAAUAUUCACGUCUCAUGUGUUUAUUACUUUGCCGUGAUGCUCGUGACCCGGCCGUUUCUAAUCUCGCAUCUGAUGCAUCAAUUGACCGGAAAUGCAAGUGACGGCUCCGUGGCGACGACAACAUCCCAAAUGCAGGCGGAUGUGGUUGAUGUGGCCCAGGCCUGCAUUGAUUCAGCGAUUCUAAUGGCCAAUAUGUGCCACGAGGCCGUCCAAUCUGGCAUUCUGCUCAAGCAGAUGUGUUUAAUGAAGGCCUGGAUCUUCGCCGCCGGCCUGGUGUUAGGGUUUUCCAUGUUCGUGCAGGGCGAAUCACGUUUCGACAUGGACGAUGCGUUCAGCAAUGCCCGCGAGGUCCUCGGGAAUCUGUCCAUCCACAGCCCCCAGGCAGAGCACUACUACGAAAUCCUCACCGGCUUCGCCGACGUCAUCCAGCGACAUCGCCAGCACCUUUCGCGCGAAAAGCGCCGCCACAAGAACAAAUAUGUAGACCAGAUCCUGACUUUGGAUAUCAGUCCGAGUGCCGGCGGAUCGCAGUCGAACUCAUCCCCACGAACGCCGCUCUCCAACGACCGCGGCACAGGCGCUCCAGACCAUGCCACACCUAACGGGAGUGUAACAGGAGGAGGUAAUUUUUCAGCGGCUGAAUUUGACUUGAAUGGGCCGCUACAGAUGGCCGAUUACAGCCAGUGGCCGCUGGAACAUGGCGGCGGCUUCGACUUUGGUAUGUUCGGCUGGGACAACUUUGCUAUGCAGAUUUCCGAGAACUUUCCUUUUGACAAUGAAGCCGUUUGGGGGGUCACCUGA